AUGAGCACCUACACUGUGAAUCUCACUGGACCGGCACCAUGGGGUUUCCGGUUGCAAGGAGGCAAGGACUUCAACUUACCCCUCACCAUCUCCAGGAUCACCCCAGGGAGCAAAGCAGCUGCAGGUAAUCUGAAUCAGGGCGACAUCAUUGUUGCUAUUGAUGGGGUCAGCACCGAGGGCAUGACUCACCUGGAGGCUCAGAACAAGAUCAAAUGUGCCAGCUUUAACCUGGCACUCACCAUGCAAAGGUCAAAGCGUCCUGCCCCGGUUCCCAUGGCAACCCCAAGAAUUGAUUCUCCGAUGCCUAUAAUCCCUCAUCAGAAGGUUAUUACCAACACUCCUGCCAACAGCGAGUACGUGCCCAGCUUCAACCCCAUAGCCCUGAAGGACACGGCCCUCUCCACCCACAAGCCCAUUGAGGUGAAGGGGCCGGGCGGCAAGGCCACCAUCAUCCAUGCCCAGUACAACACCCCUAUUAGCAUGUACUCCCAGGACGCUAUCAUGGAUGCUAUCGCUGGCCAGUCCCAGGCCAGGGGUAGUGAACUGUCUGGUUCUCUCCCACUUAAAGAUCGUGUUGUAGACAGUGCUUCCCCAGUCUAUCAAGCCGUCAACCCAACUGUUGACAAGGACAUGGAGCCGGCAGAUUGGGCUCGCCGUGCUGCCCAGCUGCAGUCCAAGUCCUUCCGCAUCCUGGCCCACAUCACCGGAACCGAGUACAUGCAAGACCCAGAUGAGGAAGCCCUGAGAAGAUCAAGGGAAAGGUUUGAAUCAGAGUUGAAAGGCCCGCGUUUUGCUAAACUGAAAAACUGGCACCACGGCUUGUCGGCACAAAUCCUUAACGUGCCCGAAUAA